AUGGUGAUGAAGCGCCUUUGGUGCUUCGCCGUCGUCACAGCUCUAACCUGCAAUGCGAUCGGUGAGCCAUUCACAAAACGUCAUGAAGCUGGCAGAUGUGCUAUACGUGGAAAUUGCGGAGGUGGAUCCUUAUUCUCGCCACCAGUCCCCUGCUCCUACAAUGGUCAAGCUGAAGAACCAGCGACCGAUGUACGGGAAAAGCUAGUAGAAUUAUGCGGGUCUAAAUGGAGUUCUGGCCCUGUGUGCUGCGAAGAAAGCCAGAUUCAGUCACUAUCAGACAACUUAAAUAAAGCCAAGAAUUUCAUAUCUGCCUGCCCUGCAUGUAAAGAAAACUUCUUCAACCUCUUUUGCACUUUCACAUGCUCUCCAGACCAGUCUUUGUUUCUAAAUGUUACGCAAGCUAAUGCCUAUGGAACAAAGCUUCAAGUAGCAGAACUUGACCAACUUCUAGAUACCGAGUAUGGUUCUGGAUUAUUUGAUAGCUGCAAAGAUGUCAAGUUCGGACCAACAAAUACUAAUGCCAUUGACUUCAUCGGAGGAGGUGCUAACAGCUAUGUCGAUUUUCUCAACUUUCUUGGAAAGAAAAAUCCACCCUUUGGUUCACCGUUUCAGAUCAAUUUUCCUGAUCCAAACUACUACAAAGAAAAGGAUAUGAAACCACAAAUAAUGAUUCCAAAAGAAUGUAAUGAUGAAGAUGACAGAUUUCGAUGUGCAUGUGUUGACUGUUUGAAAGUUUGCCCUGCGUUGCCUGAAAUUUCACGUCACGAAUCUUGUCAUGUUGGUCGGCUCCCAUGCUUAUCUUUUGGUGCAAUUAUAGUUUACAGUAUCUUGUCACUAUUUUUUAUUAUAGUUGUGUCUAAUCAUGCUGUACGGAUAAAACAGGCCAGAAGAAGUGAGCACUUGCGACUACUUCAGGACACAUCUCAGUGCGACGAAGAUGACGAUGAGGGUGACAUGAUUCACGAAGGUGACAUGUGUAAUCGCCCAUAUAAAAUAUAUUGGCUCAAUACUCUCUUUGAUAGUUUCUUCAGUCGGCUUGGCUACGUCGCAGCUAGGUUUCCAGGAGUAACGAUACUAAGCUGUGUAAUAAUUGUCGGUAUACUCAGCCUAGGGUGUAUUAAUUUUGAAAUUGAACGAGAUCCGGCCAGGCUAUGGGUGAGCCCAAACUCUGCUUCUGCAAAGGAAAAGGCUUUUUUCGACGCAAACUUUGGCCCCUUCUACCGUGUUGAACAAGUUAUCCUGAUCAACGACACCAAACCAAGCGGACCUGGACCAGUCCUAAGUUUCGAAACCCUCCAAUGGUGGAUUAAUAUCGAGAAAAAAAUAAGUAAAAUAAAGGGUCGGGAAACUGGUGUUUCUCUAGAUGACGUAUGCUUUAAACCAACUGGGGAAGCGUGCGUAAUUCAGUCAGUGUCGGCAUACUUUGAAAACAAUAUAAAUAAAUGGACAUCUUCUACUUGGAAAGCAAGGUUAAAAUAUUGUAUCGCAUCUCCAGUCAACUGCCUACCUGAUUUUGGACAACCUAUCGAUCCAGCCAUGAUUCUAGGAGGUGUGGACGAUUCAACAAAUCUAUUAGACUCUCCCGCCAUAAUAACUACUUGGGUCAUUACAAACUACGCCGAAAAAUCUACUGAACUCACUAAAGCAAUGGAUUGGGAGGUAUCGAUGCGCUCUACUCUACUGGAAUUACAAGAGGAAGCUGUAUCCCGUGGACUUCGUCUAUCUUUCUCUACUGAAAUCAGCCUUGAAGAAGAACUAAACAAGUCUUCGAACACGGAUGCCAAGAUUAUUAUAAUAAGUUAUCUUAUAAUGUUUUUCUAUGCAUCUUUAGCUCUAGGUUCCAAAGUGUUAUCUCUAAGAUCCAUCCUUCAAAAUCCAACAAAGCUUUUUAUUGAAUCCAAAUUCACUUUAGGAGUGGCAGGAAUCCUCAUAGUCCUGAUGUCAAUCUCGGCAUCGAUUGGUCUUUUUUCCGCGAUAGGUAUUAAAAUAACCUUAAUCAUCGCUGAAGUUAUCCCGUUUAUAGUUCUAGCUGUUGGCGUUGAUAACAUUUUCCUUAUUGUUCAUGAGCUUGAAAAUGUCAAUAUUAGCCAUGCAGAUGCUGAUAUUGAAUCUCGGAUCGCUAGAGCUUUAGGUCGCAUUGGUCCAUCUAUUCUUCUAUCAGCUGUUACAGAGACAAUUGCAUUCUCACUGGGCACGUUUGUAGGUAUGCCGGCUGUGCGUAAUUUUGCUGUGUAUGCAGCUGGCGCUGUAUUCAUUAAUGCAAUUCUGCAAGUUACUAUGUUUAUAUCUGUGUUAGCUUUAAACGAAAGAAGAGUUGAGAAUCGUCGAGUUGAUUGCUUUCCUUGUGUACGACUGAAAAGCAUUCAGCUUGGGAGCAACAAUGACUAUGCAAAUGGAGUAAUUCGUCCAUACGAAGGCCAUGACGAGAGUUUCCUGCAACGCUUUAUAUGCAAGAACUAUGCUCCGACGAUACUGGGUAGAAAAGUAAAGGUAUUGAUUUUCCUCAUUUUCAUGAGCAUCCUUACAGCUAGUAUCUCUUUGAUGCCCAGAGUAACCCUAGGGCUUGACCAAAGAGAUGCAGUUCCAGCUGACUCUUACCUGAUUCCAUACUUUAAUGACAUAUAUGACUACUUAAACACUGGGCCUCCGGUUUAUUUUGUCACCCGUCAACUCAAUAUUACGGAGAGGGCUCACCAACAACAAAUUUGCUCCCGCUUCACAACUUGUCACCAAAAGUCACUUACUAAUAUUCUUGAGCAAGAGAGGAAACGUCCUGAAAUUUCUUACAUAGCCUCUACACCGGCGAGCUGGCUUGAUGAUUAUUUCCGAUGGCUUGACCCUACUCUUUCAUCAUGUUGCAUCGAGUCUAACCAUGUUUGUUUUGAGAAUCGCAAUCCCCCGUGGAAUAUAACUUUAUACGGUAUGCCAGAGGGAGAAGAAUUUGUGCACUAUUUGCAAAAAUGGAUUGCAGCGCCAACAAACGAAGCUUGUCCACUUGGAGGCCAAGCACCUUACAGUACCUCGCUUGUUAUUGAUGCCGAAAGAGGCACUAUACCAGCCAGCCAUUUCCGCACUAGUCAUACUCCCCUAAGAAGUCAAGACGAUUUUAUAUCAGCUUAUGCCUCAGCCCGUAAGAUUUCUGAUGAAAUUAGCAAAGCCAACGAUAUUGAAGUUUUUCCUUAUAGUCUUUUUUACAUAUUCUUUGACCAAUACACAACGAUAAUUAAAUUAGCGGUUUCUCUCCUUGGAUCAGCAUUGGCUCUUAUUUUACUCGUUUCAUCAAUUCUACUUGGUUCCUUUAAGACUGGAGCUGUAAUUACUAUCACAGUUACUAUGAUACUAGUUGAUAUUGUUGGGACGAUGGGCCUAUUUAGAAUACCUCUUAAUGCUGUUAGUUUGGUAAACCUAGUCAUCUGCGUUGGUAUUGGCGUGGAGUUUUGUGCUCACGUUGCACGAGCUUUCAUGUUCCCCACUCGUUCAAUCAUGGAACGCGCUCAAAACAAGUUUCAUGGACGAGAUGCUCGUGUAUGGACUGCACUCGUUAACGUGGGAGGAUCUGUAUUCUCUGGAAUCACAGUCACUAAACUACUUGGAGUAAUUGUUUUGGCUUUUACAAGGUCUAAAAUUUUCGAAAUUUAUUACUUUAGGAUAUGGCUGGCUCUGGUCAUCUUCGCUUCCACACACGCCUUAGUAUUUUUACCGGUGGCAUUGAGUGUUCUGGGAGGAAGUGGAUAUGUUGAUCCAAAGAGCGAUGGAGGCUUAGAAGAAGAUCUGGCGAGUAGGAGAUACCGUAAUUUUCUACCUGACGUGGAUGACUCCGAUGACGAAGAUUAG